AGAAUUCAAACACACUCAUGAUAAGAGCCCCGACUGUGAGCUCCAGUGCUGUUUUAAACAUACUCUCUAGUGUAAAGGACACAGUUUCUAUCGUGAGCACCCAUUCAUCAGUUCUCAGCCACUAGCGGGAAAGACUUUGGCAGACAGCGGGGACUGUAUGAAACCGAACAUCGAAGUUGGUAAGGCCAUGCUACACUUAACCAUGGUUGAUACCGAUAAAACAGCUACGGAAAAUAGUCAAGAGAAGGAGUACCUUGCAAUGGACCGGGAGAUAGUCGACGUGACAGCGAUGGAAGAGGCAAGCGUCUCAAACGACGAGGCGGAAAUACUUAGGCCGGGUUCUGCGCACGCCGUAUCGACAGUGGUGAAUUCGCCGGCCGCUAAAAUAGACUGUCCGCAAGCAGAACAACCAGCGCCCAUUUCCGUGAACACUACUUCCUUCUCCGUGUCCGAUAUUCUCGACCCGAAGAAAUUUAAUGGUGUACGUUCUUCGAGUGAAUCGAAGUCGCCUAAUGGUUGUAGUAAUUCCGGUAAUGUGUGGCACCCGUGGGCUUCCCACCCCUCACCAAGUAGCGACGAGGAAGAAAGCUCAGAUGAAGAAAAAUCACACCAAGACGAUGAAGAGUGCGAAGAUAAAAUCAUUGAAAAAGACACAGACGUCACAAAAACGUCAAACCACGACAAAGACGACAAAGAACCAGAGGAUGAAGAAAAGACAUCGCCAAGUAAAAAGAGAAAACGCGCUCACGAUGGCACUAAGUCUGGGAAACCAAGGCGUGCAAGGACUGCUUUCACUUACGAACAACUGGUUGCGUUAGAAAAUAAAUUCAAGCAAACCCGAUAUCUUUCAGUAUGUGAGCGACUAAAUCUGGCCUUAUCACUCAGUUUAACAGAGACGCAGGUCAAGAUUUGGUUUCAAAACCGGCGAACCAAAUGGAAGAAACAGAAUCCUGGAAUGGAUGCUAACGCUCCCACGGUUCAAUCGAAUCCAAUGCCAAUCGGGCUUCCUGGGUAUGGACCAGGGCUCAUUUACGGUUCCCAAGUACACUAUAUACCAGGGGCAAGUGCAAUACCAUAUAUGUUGAACACUCCCGGCGUCGCGUACAGUCCAUCGCACGCACACAUGCACCAGUUUUACCCGACACAUUCACAAAUGGGACACGCCGGUCACGCGUGAGUAGCCGGGAAUUGUGUCUUAUCAACGCCGCGCAGUGAUCGGACGAACGAACGAACCAUGAAUGGCUGUUCUAUCGGGCCACCUAAUCACAAGGUCCAUAUAGUCUGAAACACUUGUUUUAUUUUAUUUUCUAUUUAUUGUUCAAUGAGGGAAAGUCUAACAUUUCAACUUGGAUGACGAACUCUGAAUAUCACGGUAACGACCCUUCCAUGACAGGGCAUUAUUUAAUCUAGAGAAGGUAGUAGUACAAAUACCCAGACUGUAAUUACUUUUACGAGAAACAAAAAACAUAUUUUUCCAACUGCCAUUAUAACAUAAUCAGUUUUCAGUCGUCAUGAUGUAGCCCAUUUGUGUUUACAUGUGUUUAAUAGGAAGUAUGGUUUCGUGUUGUACUCGUGAUGACAUUUUUCAUCCUUGUCACGGUGUCAAUCACAACCUAACAAUCAAUAAUGCGUUCCGAAGUAUUGUACAUUCAUUAGGAUAUAAUACUGUUGAUUGUUUUAAUCCAAAUUACAUAUUUUGGAUAACUUUAAAUCGGUUAGCUGUCUGUAUAUUUCCAUGUAUCAAAACAAGGCUGUCAAUCUAUAUAGUCAUCUCUAGAACAAAUAUGAACAAAUGUUAUCACCCACAAAAAUGAACUCCGUAUUAUUAUGCCAGACCACCUCUGGAUCGAGUGUUUGCUCCUCGAUGUAGUCCGCCGUCAUGUUAUAUUAUGUUGAAUUCCAUUUCUACCGUGUUUGUUGACAACCAGUGAUUAUUCUACUUAAUAAAUGUAAAUUUUAUCAAAUAUAAACUAUUUCCUUUGCAAUAAAGACUUGUACAUAUAAAAAACAAA